AUUCUCAGUCUUCUGGCUGAGGGUGGUUCUGCACUCUGCCAGUGAGAACGGAAGUGCCAGGGAUACAGGUGUUACAAAGCCACCACGCGUUCUUGUACCGGAAGCUGCUACUCUCGCCGCGGAAGAGGCGCGACGAGGUCUUCAGUUCGCUAUGUCUACGAACAAUAUGUCCGACCCAAGGAGGCCCAACAAAGUGCUGAGAUAUAAGCCCCCGCCGAGCGAGUGUAACCCGGCCUUGGACGACCCGACGCCGGACUACAUGAACCUGCUAGGCAUGAUCUUCAGCAUGUGCGGCCUCAUGCUUAAGCUCAAGUGGUGUGCUUGGGUCGCUGUGUACUGCUCCUUCAUCAGCUUUGCCAACUCCCGGAGCUCGGAGGACACUAAGCAGAUGAUGAGUAGCUUCAUGUUGUCGAUCUCUGCUGUGGUGAUGUCCUACCUGCAGAAUCCUCAGCCCAUGACUCCCCCCUGGUGAUACCACCCAGACGGUUUGGAUCCUGGACUCCUAUCCACCUUUUCUCUGGCCUAGCCUUUGACCGCCUCCAUCUUGGGCCCUUGGCUGCUGUGCUAGACUCACUCCCAUGAGUUCAGUGGUCUCUAGGCUGUCAGCUGAAUGGAGGGAAGUUGGCUUUUUCCUUGGGGUCCUGCUUCUGCUGCGGCAUAGAGGGGAACACCAUAGAUCUCCCGAUCAUCCUCCCCUCCCCUGCUGCUGUUGGGGGGAGACACUGUUGAUGUUUCUAAAUUUAUUCACUUGUUUUCUUGUUGAAACCAGUUGAUAAAGUUUUCCACUCCA